AUGAAAGACGGAAAAAUCAAACAGGUCUUGGUUUCUCCAAGAGAUCAGCAGGCCUUUCGUCAGGCAGUAGAAAUAAACCUUAUCCGCGGAUUGCUUCAGGGCGAGGCAAAGGCAAACAUCAAGUGGAUCAAGCGUUGUACUGCGCCUUGUGUGGGGCUGAUUUCAGCCGAAGCCUAUAAUGAAGAUGUACAAAACUCGAUUCGUUUUUUAAAUGGUGAUACCAAAGAACUGAAUCAGGAAUUGAUUCAAAAAAUGGAACAGGCGGCAGAAAAUUUAGAAUUUGAGAAAGCAGUAUUUUACCGUGACCGCAUGGCCUUACUUCGUGAUGUCCAAGCACAACAAGCCAUUUAUAAAGUUAAAGGCGAAGCGGAUAUUCUUGCCAUUGCCUAUCAAGCGGGUGUGACCUGUGUACAGAUCAUGCAUGUGCGUAAUGGGAAAAUGCUGGGUGGGAAAAGUUAUUUUCCCGAUAUGUUGGAUGAUGAUUUGGGGCAAAUGUUAUCUGAUUUUAUCGCCAAUUUUUAUUUUCAGGUCGCAGAUGAAGUUCCUGCUGAACUGAUUGUCAAUGUGAAUGUGACAGACCGAAAAGAACUAGAAGAAGCUUUACAUCAACAGUUUGAAAAGAAAAUUCAGAUUAAACACAAUGUUCGUGAAACUCGUGCUGAAUGGCUUGAGUUGGCUGAAAUGAAUGUUCAGCAUGCGAUUAAAGGAAAAUUAGCCAAUCAUUUAGAAUUAAAUGAGCGUUUUCAUCAAUUGGAACAAGUUUGCGGACGACCUGUUGAUCGUGGCGCACGUAAACGCGAUUAUCGUCAAUUUGCGAUUGAAGAUAUUACCGGCGGUGAUGAUUAUGCCGCUAUGCGGCAAGCCUUAACACGCCGUUAUAAAAAAGCCAUGUUACCCGAUUUAUUACUGAUUGAUGGGGGUAAAGGGCAACUUCAUAUGGCGAUGGAAGUUAUGCAAGAGCUUGGUUUAGAUGCAUUUAUGGUGGGUGUUUCCAAAGGUGAAGGGCGUAAACCCGGUUUAGAAACACUGCAUUUUACCGAUGGCACGAAGAUUCAGCUUCCUGAAGACCAUAAAGCUCUGCAUUUGAUUCAGCAAGUCCGUGAUGAAGCACAUCGCUUUGCAAUUACCAAGCAUAGAGCUAAGCGAGAUAAACGUCGUGGAGGGUCGGUACUUGAGGCUAUUCCGGGCUUGGGUCCAAAACGUCGCCGUGAUUUACUGACCCAUUUUGGUGGUAUUCAAGGGUACAGCAAAGAUCGAAAAAUUGGACAGAUCAUGUCAUUAGAAUCGCUAUUUCAGCAGAUUGAACAGGAAGAAUGGAUUGAUAUUCCUCAAGGAUGGUUGCAGGGGCGUACCAUCUUUGGUGGUCUCGUUGCAGAAACGCCAGUGAAAUUGACUGCUGAAAUCCUGAGACAGGGUAAAUCAGUCACGACGAUUGAAACUUUGCUGAGCAUGGAUAUGCAACAGAACAUGCCUAUCUUUGGGAUGAACAAAAUCGACUCAUUGCGAUUGCAAGACAGACGGUUACGUAGGGGACUCACUGGCGGUGUCUAUGACUACAGGUCGUAUCCUGAAUAUUCCAAAUAUCUUGACGCUUGCUCGAAUCGCGUUAAUUCCUGUUUUUUUAAUAAUUGCCUAUUGGCCACCUGCAAUUGUCACAGAUUGGUUUGA